AGGGUUCAGGUAAAUCUAUAAACAUGGAGAAAAGAAAGACAGAGAGUAAAGCGGUAAAGACUCACAACAGCUCUGGUCCUCAGGAGUCGACAGGAAACUCGCUCAGCAGCAGCAGCAGCCAGGUGAGACGGUUAGGGCAGGUGAGACAGGUUCAGGACAAACGCCUGGAGACUCACCUGAUGACAUCACAGUGACUUUUUAUGAGUUAACAAGCAGACUCUAUCACCUGACCUGUCUCCCUGUCUCUCUCUCUCUGUACUCUCAGCCUACAGCACAGCACAGGUGGGGUGUGUUGCUGUGGUGAGGGCCCGUCCCUAUUGCCAUGGCAACUGUGACUGUACAAAGAGGGGUGGGACCUGCAGCAUGCAUGCCCUUACCUGUAGAGAGUGUUCACAUAAGGGUGCAGGGCUGAUUGCACAAGUAAUAAGUGAUUAUUUGCUGCUGUGUCUGCGGGUUAAGAGAGUAUGACGGCGAGGAGAUCUAAAUCUGAGGAGGGUUGGAAGGGUUAUUAUUUUUACUUAUUAAUUAUCAGUUUUUUUAUUUUUUUAUUUUCAGUAUUUUAAUUUGUUCAAUUAUCAGUAUGUUUAUUUUUUUAAUUGUCAGUAUUUUUAUUCUUUCAAUCAUCAGUAUUUUUAUUUUUCAGCAUUUUUUUAAACUAUUAGUAUUUUUAUUAUUAUUUUCUAAAUAUAAGUAUUUUUAUUAAUUUUAUAGUUAAAAGGUUUAAAGCGUCUUUGAUUCUUAACAUUUUCAGUCCCCAAACAGCCGAAUAUCAGCCAUACUUACUGAUCAGCUGCAGGUCAUUAAAACAGGAGCUCAUACCAGAGAAAUAAAGCCUGCAGUUCCUCAAGUGUCAACUAGAGGCAGUCCGAAAAUAAAACAAAUAUUUCCUAUUGAGUUACAAUGUAAACUUUAAAACUUUAACAUACAUGUUUACAUACAUACAUACAGACGGAUAAAGCGAAUUAGGGGCAUGGCCUCUUUCAUUGACAGGUGAGCAGGUUGUAGGCGUUGCUCUCAAGACUGUGUCUCCAGUAUUGGCUCUGCCUCUUUGUCUGUGGCAAGAUUUUUAGAAAACGACCGACGCCAUCUUGGUGGCGUCACUGAGCGUGUCCGUGUUUAACACUGUUUACCAAAUCAACAUCAGGCAGUCCUGCUGAAGUCUAAACCAGGACUAUAUGGUGACCCUGAUAGUCCACUACACAAAUACUUCAUUAAACAAAAACAAAGUGAAAAAACAUUUCUAAAAAAUUUAAACUUAUUUCAGUUUAAAAAUGGUUAAAAAAAUGUAAAAAUGUUUAUGAUGAAUUAUUUAAAACAUCUGUAAUAUUUAAUGAAAAAAAAAACAUUCAAAAAACUGUCAAAAUAUAAAACUUCUUUUAAAAAAACCAAACAUUAUUAAAAAUUAACGUUUUGAAUCUUUUACUGUCAAUGAAAUGUUUUAUUAUCUUUUCAAUUUUUAUUUUUUUAUUUGCAGAGAGAAAAUAGAAAAUCGUCUCAGCUUUGGUCUGAUGUCUUUUAUUCGGUCAGAGCAAACACCAAGCUCCUGUUUGUAAUUUAAGAAGAUUUAACCCUGACUGUCAGCAGAGGGCACCACACAGUCCAUUUGCCCCAAACCAACACUGAGCCGCUGUGAACAUUUCUUUGUACAGCUUCACGUUCAUCUUUUUCUGUCCGUAAAGUUUGUUUGUCGGAAAUCAAACUUUAAAAAAAAAAAUCAGAGAACUGGAUUUUAACUUCAUCAACGGCGAAAAACGAACUGAUAAGAAAAUCUGAAACAUGAGAUCAACUCAAACAUACAGGGGAGUCUUUCCUGCCUUUAAAGCCGCUUCAUCAGGCCGCAGAGCGCAUCAAUGCGCCGCCCACAUUUACAGUCUGAACACUUCAGGAGUAAAUUCACCAGAAACGAUGAUUUCAAUCUCAAAAUGAACGUCAAAGGAUGAAAGUUACGACAGCAGGAAGUGUUUCACCGUGAGCGAAUGAGAGCCGAUGAUCUACAUGAGGGUUCAGAUGAUCAAAAAGAUCAAGACCAUGAAACUGAAAAAAAUAUCUGCUCCUUUUAUUUUGGAAAAAAUGAUCCAAAAAAAAAAAGAAAAAAAAAAACAUAUGGAGGAACAUUUCCAACUAAUGAGGUGAAGGUCCAACACGUGAGUCACAUGACCAGGUCUAAGACGGACCUUCAGAGAGACCGCGUCCAUUUAAGGUGGACAAGGAAACAGUCCUGUGGUCUGACCAAUCAGAAUCUGAAGUUCUUUUUAGUUGUCUCUCAGGAAAGACUGUGACAACAUUUGACUUUCAGACUCCAGAACCUGGUCUUUAUGGUUCACUAAAGUCCACCCGGAACCUCUUUGUACAAACGUGUCUUUGCUUCCAGAUUUAAAGGAGCAGACAGAUUUUGAAACCAUCAGGAGUUUUUCUCGUUGUAGUAGCGGUGGAAGAGUCUCUCUCUCGCUCCUCUUCGUCACGUUGUUUUCCUCUUCUCUUGCUCUAUUUCUUCAUCCGCCUCUGUCUCACCUGUCUGAUGUGUGCUGAGGUCAUCACUCUGGUAAAGAGCCUCCCUGUCGUCCAAUCCGAGGUCCUCGUCCUCAGUGGCAUGUGUGUGUAUGUGAGUGUUAAGCCCCGCCCUCCACCUGAAGCGCAGCGAGCACUGGGAGCACUGGUACGGUUUCUCUCCGGUGUGGAUCCUCAUGUGCUCCCUCAUCUUGUCUUUCCUGCUGAAGGGUUUGCUACAGUCGGGGCAGCGGUGCGGCCGCUCGCCGCCGUGCGUCUGCAUGUGUCUCUUCAGGUGAUUGGCCGACACCACGCGCAGACCACAGAGCGCGCAGGUGUAGCGUUUACUCUCGCCGGUAUGCGUGCGCAGGUGUUGCAGCAGGCGUCCCUGCUCCCUGUAGCUGCGUCCGCAGUCUUUGCAGCUGAACGGGCGCUCGCCGCUGUGCACGCGCAUGUGGCUGUUCAGGUGAUCCUUCCUCUUGUAGCACUUCCCGCAUUCCACGCACUGAUGGCGGCGCUCAUCUGAGUGUGCCUGCAGGUGGCGCCGCAGGUGGCUCUUAGCGCAAAAGCUCAGGCUGCAGAGCUGACAGCUGAAGGGUCUCUCUCUUACGUGUGUCUUGGCGUGCUCCAGCAGCGUCCUCCUCUGCAGGAAACGCUUCCCGCACUGGUGGCAGGAGAACUGGCGCUCGCUGGCGUGUGUCUUGAGGUGAGCUGAGAGGACGGAUUUACUCUGGAAACGUUUGUCACAGUCGGAGCACUGGAACGGACGCUCACCCGUGUGCGUCCUCUGGUGGAUCUGCAGGAGACUCGGCCGGUUGAAGCUCUUUGGACAAACGUCACACUGAUACUCCUUCUUCAUCCUCAGCUUGCCGUCAGCUCCACCUCUUCCUCCUUGCGAUGAUGGUGUCCUUUCCUUUGCCGAGCUGUUGGCUUGAGGAGGACUGGAGUCUGGAUCCUGACUGCAGUCUUCAUCACCAUCAUCAUCCUCUUCCUCCAGUUUAACCUCCACUUUAAACCCCUUCUCCUCAUCAUCAGAAGCGCCUCUCCCAUGGCAUUCUGGGUAAAUAGAAGUGGCUGAAAUAAAUGUACAAAAUAUUUAACGAUUAAACACAAUAUAGAAAGAAUUUAAAUUAGUAGCUGAACAGUUAACUGCCUUCAUUGAUGCAAACUCCAUCUUUAACACCGUCCAAUCAGGGUUCAGGUGAUGUCCUGAUGGCAGCAGACUCUACAGUCUUGGUACUGUCAGAUCUUACUGCCGCAUUUGACAUGGUGGACCAUGAAGUCUUAAUAAAUAGACUCAGAGACAAUUUUUGGAUUACAGGUACUGUUUGGAAUUGGUUUAGGGCUUAUCUGACCCACAGGAGAUUUGUGGUCCAUGUCAACCAGUUAUUAUCUGACUCGACAGGGCUAGGCUGAGGGGUCCCGCAGGGAUCAGUCCUUGGCCCUUUUCUCUUUUUGCCUUACAUGACCCCUCUUGGACAGAUUAUUAGUGAAUUCAGUUUAAUUUCACUUUGUGUGAUUUUCAGUGUGUUAUGUGGUUAGGACAUGUUGCGCCUGAGUUGACAUGAAGUUGAACUUGAGGAUGUUGGUGUAGUGCUAGCUUCGGCGAACACAGGAAAAUCAAUACACCUCGAAAGACCCAACACAGUGGAGAAUCCAGUUCAGUGGCUUUACAGUUUGGUUGCUUUACUCAUAGAAAUAAGUACACAGACCCCUCGCUAUUUUUCAGUUUUGGUCCACGGCAGCUCACUUUCGUUGUGUUUUUUUUUUAUUUGGGUCCUUUUAUUUUCACAGUAAGUUUUUUUUUUUUUUUUUUUUUUGCAUCAUUAAUUUCCGUUCCGGCCUUUUGAAAAAUAUCUGCACCCUUCCUUUAUUUUUAAAAAAUUUUCAGCGAGCUUCUGUUGGGGCUUUCUUAUUUUAAUUCUUUUUUAUUUGCAGCAGCGGCGGUUCUCGGCCACCGUACCCAGCCCUAAUUUUAACUAAAUUAGGCAGUUUCACGUUGACUGGACCCUCUGAUCCCAACAAAGUUUCAUUAUUUAUUCAGUAUUUCUGUAAGGUAUACGUAUCUCAGAUAUACAGCAGAGUUCGUGUUCAGAUAAACUUCUUAAAAAGUGUUUUAAUAUCUUAAAAUCUUAAUUAUCACACCUGAGUUUCUGUCUCCUCUUUCUCUUUGCUCGCCAAUUUCUUUUUGCUUCAUGUUUUCCCGCCAAAUGUCAGGCCUCCGGUUCUUCCUUCAGCCUCGCGAAUCUCCGGUUUCCGGUCAGAGGCAGAACCACCGGAGACGAACUGGAGAGGUACCGGAGAACCGGGAUCCGACAGUCCACCCAGGAGCGGAACCGAAGAUGCUAACAUGCUAGUAAACAAAACUUGUGUUAAUACGUCACGUCCGGAGGGAGCCUUCAAAAUAAAAGAGGUUCAAUCGAUCAUUCUGAAUCAAACAAAAAUGGAUUAAACAAACUCUGAUUGUAAUUGUUAAAACUUCUCCAAAUGUUACAGAAUUUUUAAAACUCUCAUACAAGAUUUAAAAUCUACGACGGAGGAUUAGUGCCACAUCAAGAAAAAAAAAGACUUUACGAGAAUAAAGUCGUCAUAAAGUGAGAGCCAUGGAGCAUUUCGUGAAAAUGUACUUCAAUAUAUGUUUCUCAAACAAGGAGAUACUUCAUCUUUUGGUACGUCAGAACCACAUUAUCAUAGAAAUAGUAGCAGUAGGAAAUGAUUACGACUUUAUUCUCGAAAUUAAUUACUUUAUUACGACUUCAUUCUCGUUAGUGAUGACUUAUUCUCGUAAAUUAAUGACUUUAAUCUCUAACUCUACUCGAAGUCUUAAUGUUGUUUUUCUUAAUGUGGCCCUAACACUCCGUCACAAAAACCUGUUAUUUGAAAAACGGGCUAAAAAGUUUGACUUCUGAAAUGUUGGAAAUAAUGUUUAUUUUUGGAUCAGUCCUGUGGGUUUAAUGUAAGGAGGUAAUUUACAAAAAAAGAACAAAUGUAGUAAUAUUUUUCAUUUUUAUUUAUACUACUACUACUACUACUAAUAAUAAUAUAUUUUUUAAAUUAAUUUAUUUAUUUUGUGUGUGUGUGUGUGUGUGUGUGUGUGUGUGUGUCCCCUGCAGACAUCACUGAGUCAGUUGUCUUUUAUGUAGCAGAUGGAAAGACCGUUUUUCAAGUUUUAUUCCGUUCGUUAUCUAGUGCUCUAUGAAGUAUUGAUAUUUAUAUAUGUAAACAUAACUAUAAUUCUUCUCAUAGUACAAGUCACCUUGUUUUAUUCUCCUCAUUUUCAUGAGUGGCACUUGAUGCCCAGUAUAACCGAAUCGUAUGAAGUUGGUUCCUCGUCCUUCCUGAAAUACUCAGUGUACAGUACAGAGUGUCACAGAAAAACAGCACUAUGUUUUAUGGUACUAAUUGUCACGGAUGGGCGGAGACUGAUUUUAGCGUUUAUCUGGCGGCUUAAAACAGCCGCGGGACCUUAGCACCAUAUUCAAUUACAUACUCUUUAUCACGAGAUAUAUUUUUUUUGAUUGAAAGUGUGACUCUAAUGACAAAACUAAACACACCGCCCACUUCAUCUGCCUCGGAAAACAAAUCAAACAAACACGAGCCCGUCGAAGGUGCGACGAAAGGUAAAAGUUUCCUUCAACUACUCUGAGUUAUCUUAUAAAUAGACGUGUAUUUUGCCGUAAAAAUCGUUCAAAGAGCUUGGAGAUGUUCUGCAGAAGAAAUCCUAGACAAAAAAACCCUCAAAAUUAAAAGUUAAGCAAGGUGCUGCACCUGAUAUUCGAUCUUGUACUGAAACCAAACUUCUUUGAAUUAUUACUCACUUCUUAUAUUUUCAUGUAGACAUAAGGACUGCGCAGAUUAAGUACGCAUGAAUACAUGUUUUAUUGGACCUUUGAGCUCAUCGUUAUAUUCGGCCCAUAACGUGUACAGAAAAUCCAACGCUUUCCUUUUUCUUCUUCGUAUAACAGUACCACUCCGAACUCUAAUAACCGGCGACAGGAGCCAAACGACGGCUUGUUGUGUGGAACAACACCUCUCUUAUAAUUUUAAAGAUGUACAUCAUUGAUGUCAAACUACGACCGAAGUGUAAAGUGUUGAUGAUAAGAUCUGCAACCGUUAAAAGGGCUGAUAAGUUUGGUGUUUUAUUGUGUUAAGAACAAUCUGAUCGAAAUUAAAAUGAUUUUUCAGGGAGUUUUGGUGAGUCAUUGCCGAACAAGGUGGGGCCAAGCUAUCCGAUUACAGCCACAGUUUUAUUUUCUUGCUUGAAAGUUAGUUCUUGUCCUAAAGUUUGUUUUUCUUCCGAAACUUUUGCUUCAUGUUUCAUAAACAAAGUGAACUGUUUGUCACAGCUAGCACGUAUUUUUCUACGGAAGUUAAGUGCUAGCUUAGUAGCUAACGCGGACGGUAAAAGUUGUCCGGAUGUGACGUUGGUAGGUUGUUGUCUUUGUAAGGUGGGCGUGGUCUGUGCGGAGAGGAAUGUAAACAGCUAGCAUGCUAGUUGAGCAGUGUGCGGACCCGGUGAUGGUAAGCUGUCUUUUAUUGAAGUGAGAGUUUCUGUGUGGUACCGGACUGAUGAAGAGGUUCGGUGUGGUUCCUCGAAACCCGGCUCUCUCCUUGGGUUCUGCCUCUUUAUGGACCCAGAGCUAAGUUAGCUCGCGUCGCGGCUAGCUGAGGUUUGCUAAAUCUGCUUAAAGCUGGCCGUCAACAGUCCGCGUGCUUCUGUGUUUCUUUCUUCUCAUGUUAUAAUGUAAUUAAGAGCUAGUAACGAUAGUUAUGAUAGACUAGAGAACAAAAAAGUCAGUGUUAAUCAGUAUUAAGUUUGUGUUGAGAAACUCCUUUAAUCUAAAUCAGUUUAUGAUGCUUUAUUGACAAAACAGUAAUCAGAUUAUAUGGAACCAUAAAAAACAAAGAAGUACGGCAGCCCAGAGCGGACAGGCUUUACAUUUGCUCUGGAUUUAUUACUAAGGGAGGUUAAUUCUGGGGUUUUUUACAGCAAAGACUAACUAACUAACUAACUAACUAACUAUAAUUAACUAAAAACAAACAAACUAUAACUAAAACUAACUAUAACUAACUAUUUAACUAACUAUAAUUAACUAAAAACAACUAACUAACUUUCUAACUUAAUAAACUUACUAACAAUGAACAAACUGUAACUAACGAGUAAAGGAGCGAAGGAACCUCGUGUAAAUAAAUGAUGAUAGUCAGUGUUGGGAAAGUUUAUUUUCUACCCAAACUAGUUCAGUCCACCGUUCAUAAUUCCACAUUUUCAUGGUUCCCAAAAAUGAACUUAGGGUCUUAAAGGGAUAUUCUGGCGUAAAAUUAAUUUAGGGUCAAACACACCAUAACACUGAGUUAGACACCCCCUCCAGAGAUAAAUGUUGCCAACUGCUUGCUUCUCUAGUUAUACCAACUUUAGUAACAACCGCAGGAUAGCAAUACACAGCAGUCUGAGGAGCCAUAAUCAAACCUCAACCAAAACGCCACUCUAUAGCCACAAAUAAUGCUCAGAACAGCACCUAACUUCAUCAACAGGACAUAUAGGGUCCCAGCCAUAGUACUAGCCACCAAACAUCUUUUUAACUUUGCCUAAUUUCAAAGGAAGUUCCAUUAUGGACAACAGCAGGGUGAUACAGCUCAAGGAAGAGCAUUUAUGAUCAUUUCUUCAUGGAAAUACAACCAGACCAAGACGCUAAGGCAGAAGAACUACCGCGUCGGCAAUGCAAAAUUAUUAAUACGGUGAUUAUUACUUCAAGGAAAAGAUAAAGAAAUGAUCAUAAAUGUUCCUCCUUGAGCUGCAUCACCCUGCUGUAGUCCGUAAUGGACUGGCCUGAGGUCUCGCUACAAACAAGCGGCUGCUGGAAGAGAGUAGGUGAGUUGUGUUUAGUCUCUUUGCUAAAGAAAUCUUUUUAAAGAAGACCUGUAAUGUAAAUCAUCUUUAAUCAGAUUAAAGUUUGGUAAUGUUUGACCUCAUCAUCAUCAUGUCGUCAUAGACGUGUCUGUUUCUGUUGUGGUUUGAGGCUCUGGGUGUGUUCAUGAUAUUUUAGGAUAAUGUUCAUACUAUGCCGCACCCUGAGGUGAUGAAGAGGAGGAGGAGCUGCUCCUCUUCCUCUUUUCUGUGACUCAGAGUGACGCUGUGUUAUUGGACAUAGGAGCAUUGUGGGAAACUUAAUAGAUUGUUAGGCUGAGUAAUAAUGACUGUGUUCACUCUCCGUGUUGUUUACCGACUGAUGGACACACACACACACACACACCUUCUCUUAAAUAAAAGUCACUUCGUCCUCAAACUGUCAUUCAGAAUUAGUGAAGGCGGACUCUGUCAAACCGUCUGAACCAGGUUUUCUCCUGAUGUCUCUCCCCUGAGCAGGUGAUGCAUCACAGUUACAUUUUGGGAUGAUAAGUCCUGUCUUUGUUCUGAAUCCUUCUUCUGGUUUGUGUCUCCUCAGGUCUGACGGAGAGUCUGGAGAUGGAUCAGAGGAACCCUGCAGAGCCUCAGCAGAGACUGUGAACGUUUUCUUCCUCAUGACCAAAGACUUGCCUCAUGUCAGCAGCUGUUCGUCCUCUUCGCUGUCAGGUGGGAGGGUGUCUUUGUUCGUAGGAAGGUGAGGAAGGCGCCUCGGCUCUGACAGGGAUUUUCUGAGUUUCUUGUGGCGGCCAUGUUCGGUCCUCCCUCCUUCGCCGUCACGCCUCCGUCUGUAAAAACGUGUGAUCCCCUAAAGCGAGGCGGUUUCCUCAUGAAGACGUCAGCAUUCUGAUUGUUCUUUUUCUCCACUUCUUCACUUGUGUGCAGACGCAGUGUGUGUUUGUCGUCCUGAGACGGUUUCUUUAUCCUCAGCUGAUCGGCCAAUCAUGGCGGAGUCCAGCUCGGACCCGGCUCCGGCUCCGGCUCCGGCUCCUGAUCUGCUUAUUGGUCAGAACAAACAGGAAACACCUCUACCUGCAGAGAGCGUCGCCAAAGAACUGAUUGUGUCCAUGAUGGCAGAGCGGCCUAGCCCCACGCCAGGGUCAGAGGUCAAGACCGAGGUCCUGAGCAGAAACGGGGAUGCAGACAGUCCUGUUGCUCCAAAAGUUCAGGAGGAGGAGGAUGAUGAAGCCACGCCCACACCGCCUGAGACCUCAUCCUCACUGUCAUCAGGAAACGGACUGACGACCGCCAUCACCACCGAAGAAGAGUCUCUGUCAGCGCUGCCGCGACACAUCAAGACUGACAGAGGAGGAGAGCCAGGUGAGAGACCAGACCAGGUCUAGAUACAGUACUGGGUCACUAAAGUCCCUCUAGAGUCCGCUUACUUGUCCUGAUAAGAUCCUGAAACCACCAAUUCGGCAGCGCGUCUUUAAAGAAAAUUACAAGAAAUCCAAAACCAGCAGACAGUCACCUUAGGCUGCAUGAGCGCAUGAUCUCUUCACUCACUAAAAUCUGCAAACCAAACAUUAUCGUUUUUAGAAAAGAACUCAAUCAAAAACAUUAGAAAUAAGAAAGCCGACAAAACUACAUCUGCGUAUCAGGGACACAACGAGUUUUUUUUUUUUUUUAAGACUUAGAGAUUAAAGUUGUGAACUUGGGAUAAUAAAGUCAUAAAGUAAAUAAAGUCAUGAAGCUGCUUUUGUGGAUGAGGAAAUGACUGAAGCUGGUCAUCUGCAGGGUUAUCUGUGGAUGUAUCAGCGGGUCAUUCAGAAAGAUUUUGUGUUUUUUUAAGAAACAAUCAAACUGAUGAUCAACAUUUGUGAUCCAGAGGGAGUCGAGCUCCGACAAGCACCCCGUCUUUGACACCAACGCCUUAUUAUGGCAUAUGGAUUCAUAUCAUAAACUAAAGCUCAAUGUCAUUCACGGCUAUUUACAACUGCAUUAACGGAUUUAUCCGCAACAUAUCCAUAUCUGCCUCCACAAAAACAGCGAUUUCCUCCAAGUACACCUGUUUUUUUUUUUUUUUAAUCCACGUGGAAAAGACGUAUUUCUCAUAUAUUCUUUUUUCAGUCUUUAUACUUGUGACAAUGUGAUGCUGAUGUGCCAGAGGAUGAAGUAUCUCCUUGUUUGUGAAACCUAUACUGAAGCACAGUUCCUUUAAAUGCUUCAUGGCCCUAAUUUUAACAAGUCUCUCUGAAAUAACAGGUUACGACUUUAUUCUCAUAAAUUAAUGACUUGAUUCUCGUAAAUUCACGACUUUAAUCUCAAAGUCUUAAAAAAAAAAUCUAAAUAAGGCCCUCAUACUCCUUCAUACAAAACAAUCAUUGAAUGAAUUUUGUGAAAAUGAUCUGUGCUUGUAUGUAUCUACUGUUUUGUGUCUGUGCAAGGUCGCACAAUUAAAAAAUAAAUGCUGUCAGUCAGUCGUGACGCGAGCCUGAGGGCGGGGACAUCUGGCGACUCAACCAGGAAGUCCUCCGAAGGGUAGACCGUACCAAUUCACAAAACCCGGACCAUCUCACUCAGGGUACUGAAGUCCACAUAAUGGCUAAGUGCACUUGAGCGCGCUCAGCUGUAUGCAGUCUCUGAAAUGAGACACAGCCUGCGUUGCUUUGACAAACAGGUUUGUAAAAAUGAACUUGAAUGAGGCAUUCCUAAGAGAAGGCAUACUGGAUACACCUUUAUGUUCUUACUGAAAACCAAAUUAAGAUUUGUGAUUAUUUUGAUCCAAAAGUCUUGAAUAUGAAUGCAUGACCAUAUUGAAUGUAUAAAACUGUCAGCCUCCUUUUUACAUUUGAUACAUACAGCCAACUUUUCAGGGUCCAUCCUAUGUCUAAGUUGAGAUCUGAAGGCGGUGUUGUAGCCUGAACUCUUAACUCUUUAACCUCGUCAAUAUCUACCCCAACGCUAUAGUAAAAAAAAAACACAGAGACACGCCGGCGCUCAGGAGGCGCCCUCAAUCAGCCAUUGUUGUUCUGGGCUGUGAUUGGCCGACAGCCAGCAGGGACAGGGUCUGAGAUCAGAGAGAAACCAGUUCUUGGACUACAGCGAGGUUUAUGUGUUCAGAAAAGGUUUUUUCUCUGGUCUUCCUCAGGUCUAGACCUGGACCUGGAGGAGAGCUCCUCUGUGGCAACCGCGGGUGGCUCAGACGACCAGCGGGAGUCCACAGACUCCGCCUCCUUCUCCAUCCCCAGCCUGGAGAUGUCUGAUGGCGUGACGGCCACGGGGAAUUCUCUGGAUGUGGAGGACGGCUGCUCCUCCUCGUACUCAGCUCUGGGGGUGGAGGGACGGUCUCCGUCCACGGAGGUCCCCAGUCUCAGGGACGAGGAGGCGCAGGAGGCCGCAGGUGAGAGUCUGAGGAUUAAAGGGAUAGUAUGGGUUUUUUUUAUGGCGAAGGUUUAUGAGGAACAGUUUCAGUCUGAGGGUUUUAGACAGUUAAGUCCUGAAUUCAUUUGUUCAUUCCUAUCGUGUUUACAUUUUUUGUGUGAUAUGUAGGCCAUAUGAGCCUUUCAUAACGGUGGUCAUCCGGAAAAGUAAGUGGGUCCAUGCAGAUCCUGAAAAUACUCGCGCUAGAGUGCUCCUGGGAAAAUAAGAGCACCGAGGUCUACAGGAUCCGCCAAGAACGGACAAGCCAUUCUUCAAGACAGCUCAUUGCAGGGUUUUUAUACCUGCCCCGGAGCAGGUUAGCCGUUCAGCAUAUGUUGCCAUGGAGACUUGCCUCGCUAAGAAGUGAACCCGCGUCGUAGAACAGGAAACCCCGAACUUAUCCUCGAAGUUACCUCGCUAAGCAGUAAUCCUGCUUUGUAGAACAGGCCCCAGAUCACUGUUAAAUAACCACGCAGAAUAAUCACCAAGUGUUUGUAAACAGGAAGUUAGAUCAGACAGGAAGUGAGCGAGGAAACAAAAACCACUAACUCAGCAACACACACACACAGACUGAUGAAAACAAACAGAGCUCUAACCCCCCCCUGUGUUUGAUCAUGUGGUUGUAGUUGCCCUCCUGCCCACAGAGGGCGCUGCUGCUGCUGCUGCCGCUGCUGCCGCUGCUCUUCCUCCAGAGUCCGGACCCUCCAUGCCGGCGUAUUACCUGGUGAAGUGGAUCACCUGGAAAGAGAAGAAGACCCCCAUCAUCACACAGAGCGAGAACGGACCCUGCCCCCUGCUGGCCAUCAUGAACACGCUCUUCCUGCGCUGGAAGGUAAACGCACACUCGACGGUAAAAUCAGCGGAUCAGUUAUUCGACCUUCUGCGUUCAUGACGGCGUCUGACUAUUUGUGUGUUUUUUUAGGCGAAGCUCCCGGCUCAGACCGAAGUGGUCACCACGGAGGACCUGAUGGCCCACCUGGGUAAGACCUAACACACCAAUCCACCAAUCUGAGAGGCGGGGUUUGUGAAAAAGACGGAAUGACCCUUUAAUAUGAGCUCAAAUCUGAUUGGCUGAUGUGUGUGUUUGUGUGUGUUUGUGUAGGAGAGUGUGUGUUGUCUGUUACACCGAGAGAGAAGACGGAUGGGAUGGAGCUGAACUUCCAACAGGUAUACACACACACACACACACACACACACACACACACACAUACAGUACAGGCCAAAAGUUUGGACACACCUUCUCAUUCAAUGUCUUUUCUUUAUUUUUUAUAUGACUAUUUACAUUGUAGAUUAUCACUGAAGGCAUUAAAACUAUGAAUGAACACAUGAAGAAUUUAGAAUUUUGUGUAAAAAAAGUGUAAAAUAAGUGAAAACAUGUUUUAUAUUAUAGUUUCCUUAACAUAGCCACCUUUGCUCUUGAUGACAGAGGUACUUAGUGACUGACAAAGUAAAAACCAUUUCAGGUGACGACCUCAUGAAGCUUAUUGAGAGAACAGCAAAAGUUUGCAGCGCUAUCAAAAAAGCAAAGGGUGGCUGCUUUGAGGAAUCUAAAAUAUAAAACAUGUUUUCAGUUAUUUCACACUUUUUUCUUAAGCACAUGAUUCCACGUGUGUUCAUUCAUAGUUUCGAUGCCUCGACUGAGAAUCUACAAUUUAAAUAGUGAUAAGAAUAAAAAAAAAUGCAUUAAAUGAGAAAGUGUGUCCAAACUUUUGGCCUGUACUGGAUAUGCGCACACACACACACACACACACACACACACACACACACACACACACACACACACACACAUAUAUACACACGCACAUAAACACACACAUACACACACACACAUAUUCACAAACACACACAUGCACAUAAACACAUACAUAUAUACACACACACAUAAACACACACACACACACACAUAUAUACACACGCACAUAAACACACACAUACAAACACACACAUAUUCACAAACACACACAUGCACAUAAACACAUACAUAUAUACACACACACACACACACACACACACACACAUAUACACACGCACAUAAACACACACAUACACACACACACAUAUUCACAAACACACACGUGCACAUAAACACACACACACACACACACACACACACACACACACACACACACACACACAAACACACACACACACAUAAACACACACAUACACACACACACAUAUUCACAAACACACACAUGCACAUAAACACAUACAUAUAUACACACACACAUAAACACACACACACACACACAUAUAUACACACGCACAUAAACACACACAUACAAACACACACAUAUUCACAAACACACACAUGCACAUAAACACAUACAUAUAUACACACACACACACACACACACACACACACAUAUACACACGCACAUAAACACACACAUACACACACACACAUAUUCACAAACACACACGUGCACAUAAACACACACACACACACACACACACACACACACAUAUACACACGCACAUAAACACACACACACAUAUUCACAAACACACACAUGCACAUAAACACAUACAUAUAUACACACACACAGAUUUACAAAAAUAUAUUUACAAACACACAAAUAUGUACAUACACACAGAUACACACACACACACACACACACGUUUUUUAAAGUUCAGAAACAUGUCUGUGUGUGUGUUUGUAACCGUGUGCAUGUGUGUGUGUGUGACAGAACAUGAGCGACGCCAUGGCGGUUCUCCCGAAGCUCUCCACGGGUUUGGACGUUAAUGUUCGUUUCACAGGUGUGACCGACUUUGAGUACACACCUGAGUGUAUCGUGUUUGACCUGCUGGACAUCCCGCUCUACCACGGCUGGCUGGUAGACCCCCAGGUAAACUCACACGCACGCACACACACACACGCCUGAAUAAGUUCUUCAACAACUGUGUGAACUUUUUUGGGACUAAUGAGGAGAAACGUUUGAGCAGCAGGAAGUGCAAGCACGGUCAGCUUGGCAUUUGUGUCGGCCAUGUUUGACCUUGGAUCUGACCUUGAGUUUUUCUCGCUGUAGAGUCCAGAGACGGUGGCGUCUGUCGGGAAACUGAGCUAUAACCAGCUGGUGGAGAAAAUCAUCGACUACAAACACUCAGUGGAGAGCAGCCGAGUCAGCGAGGGUAACACACACAUUGACACACAUACACACACACAAACUGACACAGACACACGCAUACUGACACAGACAAAAACACACACACACACACACUGUCACAGACACGGAUACACACACUGACAGACACACACAUACUAACAUAGGCUAAAACACACAGACAUUCACACACACACACACAUAACACACACACACAUACGCACACAGACUGUUACACUGACAAACACACACACACAGGAACUGACACAGACAAAGACGCACACACAUACACACAGACAAACAAAAACACAAACACACAACUGACAGUAACACACAGGCACAGACGCACACAGAUACACACAGACAAACACACACAGGUAGGAUAAAUAAAGCUGUGACUCUGAUCUGUGUGUCUGUGGUUGUGUGCCUGUGUGUGUCUGUGUGUCUGUUGUUGUGUGUCAGUGUGUCUGUCUCUGUUGUUGUGUCUGUGUCUGUGGUUGUGUGUCUUUCGUUGUUUGUCUGUGUGUGUUGUUGCGUCUGUGUGUGUAUUUGAUUGUGUUUCACCUCCAGGCCUGGUGGCGGAGCAGUUCCUGGAGUCGACAGCGACUCAGCUCUCGUAUCACGGUCUGUGUGAACUCAACACCACGGCCAAAGAAGAAGAGAUCUCUGUGUUUUUCAGGAACAACCACUUCAGUACCAUGAUCAAACACAAGGUGGAGCCGCACACUCACACACAGACACACACACACUGACACACACCUAUACCUGUAGUUACCUGUUUUAUUAAAUGUUGGUGUUUUUUUCAGGGUCACUUGUACCUGCUUGUGACGGAUCAGGGUUUCCUCCAGGAGGAAGGUCUGGUCUGGGAGUCUCUUCAUAACGUGGAGGGCGACGGAAACUUCUGUGACUCCGACUUCAGACUGUGUCAUCCUCCUCAGAGAGCUCCGCCCACUGCCACUGCCCUCCUGCCCACCGCCCAGGAGCAGCAGCGACAGAUCGACCAGGUGAGUGUGUCCGGGUGACUGUGUGGGGGGGUCGGCCCUUGAAAGCCUCAGUAGGUGACAUUUCCCCUCUCUUUCAGGACUACCUGGUGGCCGUGUCCCUGCAGCAGCAGCAGGGUGGGGCCCCGGGGCCCCUCAGCGACCUGGAGUUGGCCCGUAAGCUCCAACAAGAAGAAUACCAGCAACAGCAGCAACUUCAGCAACAACAACAACAGCAGCAGCAGCAACAGGGGUCUGCGCAGGCAGCGCCACAGGUGAGCGACUUGUUUAGACAGGUGAAGAUUUUAACGACCUGGAGAGGAAGACGGUAAACUCGACUGAACUUUGACCUCUGCUGCUGCGUUCGAGUGUCCUCAGAAGUCAGAUGUCGAAGCUGAAAAUGACGUUACACCCAAGUUCCCAGCGUUUCAGUUACAAAGUCGGAAACAAGCAAAUCGGAGGCCUGAAACAAAAUGGCUACAUCUACGAAAGUUAUAUUAGUGUUUGCCUUAUAUUCGGACAAAGCAAGCACUAAAAUAACUUUGGUAGAUGUAGCCAUCUUGAAAUAUUUAACAUAGUUUACUAUGACACUAUUUUUUAAUACUAAAAUAUAUUUUCAUACUUUACAUUGAUAUUUUUACCAUACUAUACUGGGACAUUUUCUUCAUACUAAAAUAUAUUAAAGACAUUUUCACACUAUAAUAUGAAAUUGUUUAGAUAUUAUAGUGAUCUUCAUACAGUACCCCCGUCUGACAACAGACGCUCUGAUUGGUUUGAUUUAUUCGCGCUCACAUCACACCUGUAACAUCUGACAGACUUUUCUGAUCUUUCUGACUCGGACUCCAACUAAAGUUUUCAGUCUCGCCCUCAUUCAUUGCCACGUCCGCUCGCUGCGCCCCCCAGUGGUCGGAUUUAUAAACACGCCUGACAGACGAGUGACCUGUUGGCUGUGUCUCAUUUCAGAGACCGCAUCGACCUAAGUGCCCUUCUGCACCGUCGAACGGUGCAUUUGAAGUGUGCAUGACGUCACGACGGUGCGAACGGUGUCCCAUUUGGCACGAGAUGCUAAAAAAUGCUAAGCGCGCUUAGCAUGUUUUCAAGCGUGGAUUUAUGCGCGCUUUCGUGCCGUCGGUAUCCCAGAAUGCUUUGCGUGCCGCUGCACAGCUGCACAUUUCAGGUGAGAGGCUGGACUCGCUUGGAGACACAGCGCGUCUUCGAAGAAAAUACAAGCAAUCCAAAAACAGCAGACAGUCAGCUCAGGCUGUAUUAGAGCAUGAUCUCUGAACUCACUAAAAUCUGUAAACCAAACAUUAUAGAUUUAGAGACGAACUGAUCCGCUGUGUUACAACUAUCAAAAACAUUAGAAAUGAGAAAGCUGACAAAACUACAGCAGAGUAUCAGGACAACAUUGAGGCUUUUUUCUUUUAAGAUUUAGAGAUUAAAGUUGUAAAUUUAGGAGAAUAAAGUCAUAAAGUAAAUAAAGUCAUAAAGCUGCUUUUGUGGAGGGGGAAAUGACUGAAGCUGGUCAUCUGCAGGGUUAUCUGUGGAUGUAUCAGCGGGUCACUCAGAGAGAUUUUGUGGUUUCUGAAGAAACAAUCAAACUGAUGAUGAUCAACAUUUGUGAUCCAGAGGGAGUCGAGCUCCGACGAGCACCACGUCUCUGACACCGGCGGUAACCUACACCUGCAGAGACACCAACACCUUAUUAUGGCAUAUGGAUUCAUAUCAUAAAUUAAAGCUCAAUGUCAUUCACGGAUAUUAACGGCUGCAUAAACGGAUAUAUCCUCAGCAUAUUCAUUUCUGCCUCCACAAAAGCAGCGAUUUCCUUCAAGUACACCAGUUUUUUUCCCCGUGGAAAAGACGUAUUUCUCAUAUAUUCUUUUUUAAAGUCUUUUUACUUAUGACAAUGUGAUGCUGAUGUGCCAGAGGAUGAAGUAUCUCCUAUCCUCCUUCUCAAUAGGGCCCUCAUACUCCUUCAUACAAAACAAUCAUUGGAUUAAUUUUGAGGGAAUGAUCUGUGCUUGUAUGUAUCUACUAUUUUGUGUCUGUGCAAGGUCGCACAAUUAAAACAAUACAUGCUGCGCUCCGCAGCUUUUUUUCUAAUCAGUCGUGACGUAAGCCUGAGGGCAGGGACAUUUGGAGACCUUCGGAGGACUUCCUGGUGGAGUUGCCAAAUGUCCCCGCCCUCAGGCUCGCGUCACGACUGACUUAAAGGAAACCCGCGGAGCGCAGCAUUUAUUGUUUUAAUUGUGCGACCUUGCACAGACACAAAAUAGUAGAUACAUACAAGCACAAUUCAUCCAAUGAUUGUUUUGUAAGAAGGAGUAUGAGGGCCAUAUUGAGAUUUAAGACUUUAAGGACUUCGAGAUUUAAGUCGUGAAUUUACGAGAAUAAAGUCAUUAAUUUAUGAGAAUGAAGUCAUAACCUGUUAUUUCAGAGAGAGUUGUUAAAAUUAGGGCCAUGAAGCAUUUGAAGGAACUGUGCUUCAGUAUAGGUUUCACAAACAAGGAGAUUCUUCAUCCUCUGGCACAUCAGCAUUACAUUGUCAUAAGUAUAAAGACUUUAAAAAGAAUAUAUGAGAAAUACGUCUUUUCCACAGGGAAAAAAACUGGUGUACUUGGAGGAAAUCGCUGCUUUUGUGGAGGCAGAAAUGAAUAUGCUGAGGAUAUAUCUGUCAGUGCAGCCGUAAGUAUCCGUGAAUGACAUUGAGCUUUAGUUUAUGAUAUGAAUCCAUAUGCCAUAAUAAGGUGUUGGUGUCUCUGCAGGUGUAGGCUACGGCCGGUGUCAGAGACGUGGUGCUCGUCGGAGCUCGACUCCCUCUGGAUCACAAAUGUUGAUCAUCAUCAGUUUGAUUGUUUCUUCAGAAACCACAAAAUCUCUCUGAAUGACCCGCUGAUACAUCCACAGAUAACCCUGCAGAUGACCAGCUUCAGUCAUUUCCCCCUCCACAAAAGCAGCUUUAUGACUUUAUUUACUUUAUGAUUCUAUUCUCCUAAAUUUACAACUUUAAUCUCUAAAUCUUAAAAGAAAAAAAAACCUCAAUGUUGUCCUGAUACUCUGCUGUAGUUUUGUCAGCUUUCUUAUUUCUAAUGUUUUUGAUUGUUGAAGCAGAGCGGAUCAGUUCGUCUCUAAAUCUAUAAUGUUUGGUUUACAGAUUUUAGUGAGUUCAGAGAUCAUGCUCUCAUACAGCCCGAGCUGACUGUCUGAUGGUUUUGGAUUUCUUGUAAUUUCUUCGAAGACCUGCUGUGUCUCCAAGCGAGUCCAGCCUCUCACCUGAAAUGCACAGCUGUGCAGCGGCACGCAAAGAAUUCUGGGAUACCGACGGCACGAAAGCGUGCAUACAUGCACGCUUGAAAACGAGGCGGGGGUAGUGUGGUUUUGAGACCGAAUUUGAAGCGCGCUUAGUAUUUUGUGCCAAACGGGACACCGUUCGUGCCGCGUGGUGACCUCACGUACGCGUCAGAUGCGCCGUUCGAUGGCUGCUGUAUCUGAAAUGGGACACAGGAAGGGCACAGAACGGCGCAAAACGGCGUAAAACGGCUCAAAACGGCAGUGCACUCAGCUAAGCGCCGUUAAGCGCGCUUAUCACGAUGUGGUCUCUGAAAUGAGACACAGCCGUUGUGUUUUUGUCACUGAUGAUGUCAUUGUGUUUCCAGGUCAGAGGUCAAGGGUCACAGCAGGGCGGAUCCAGGAGAAGAGAGAAGGACUCGGACUGUGUCCUCUUAUAGACUCUUCAUCAUCAUCAUCAUCUUCAUCAUAUUCUAACGACAAACAACGACACACUCCUGAGACGGGACACACACACAUUAACACACACGUUAACACACACACACAAAGCCAGUCAGCUCGAUGCCAAACCCCAGUGCUUUGUUUGACCGUCUGAUUCCAGGUUUGGGAUUCCAGGUUUGGUAAAGUUUCCUGAUGAGUCUGGUGGAAGAUAAUGAGCUGGUUUUUAAUAACAGUUCUUGUUCUAACUGAUCGAUUGAUUACUGAUCAAUAAAUCUGUUACUGAAGCCCCGAUCAGCAGGAAGAAAACUUCAAACUAAAAUCUCAGCAGGUUUGAAAACAGACGGAAAAACAUUCAGAGAAACAAUUUGUUGUUUUGGAAACAAACCAAUCGACUUUUUGUUUUCAUUCAUCUGAUCAAUGAUUAGUAAACCUGAUCAAUAAUUGAGCUGCUUUUGAAGAAAUCAGAUUUUUUUUUCACAGUCAAACUUUCUGAGAUUUUCGUUUCCGAUGAGGUGAAUGUUUGUUUUUCGGGGCACUGAUUAAAGCUCCAGUAGGAGAUUUAUUGACCAAUAAUAAAGCAGGUCGGUCCAUAAAAACGUAAUCAGGUGUAAAGGUGUAUCUCACUGUUUACCUGCUGAGGUCAUGUGACUCAGCCAGGGUUAAAGAUGAGUUGGUGGUGGGUCUCAUGACCUCCUCUAACCAUCAGAUAAACUGCUACUUCACUAAACUUUGAACCAGGCGGAGAGUUCAGAGGUCAAUAAUCUCCGUUAAUCUGAGACAACAAAAACUUUUUCUGUUUAAUCAAAUCAAAUAAAUGUUUUUUUAAAUUCGUUUCUGCUGUGACUCAAAAAUCUGCCUGAAAAUAUAUAAUGUUGUAUAAACUGAGUGACCAUCGGAGUUUGUUUUCUUCAUUUAGACAAGUGGAGCUGAACACUCGAGUACGGAAGCCCAAAGCUGCCAAAUGAAUAAAUGUGAUAAAUUAAAGGUAUCUUGAAAACACAGUCACUAACUAUGAUUGGAUUUCUGACGUUAAAGUCGCUGAUAUUUCUGUCUUCAUCUCUGUGAUUUUUUUCUUUACUUUGAAUUGAAAACUUUGAUUCUUUUAUUUCAUUGUUAAAAUAACUUCACAGUAAAUAUUUUCACUCUUCUGUUAGUCCUGAAUUAAAUAAACUGAAAACAUUUAUCAGAAUAAUUCUUUAUUUUAUCCUAAAAUCAUUUUAAUAAUUAUCUUUAAACAGGAGAAAACAGUUUUGAGUGUUUUUGAUUUUUUUCCCCCCUUUAUUGGCACUACUGGGCUUUCGCACUCAUUGAGUAAUAUUAGGUUGAGUAAAAUCCAUCACUCUGUGGCCCCUCUGGUUCUGAUUCUGUUUGGACACUUUGGGCUGAUCCAGCUGUACCUCUGUCUGUGUUUGGACCUUUAAUUUAAAACGUUUUUCUGUAAAUCGAUAAAAAUUGAAACAGAUUCAGAUUCAGCUCCUCCUUAAGAACGAGUUUUGUUUGAUUGUUGGAAGACCUGUAACGAACAUUCAGCACUUAAAACUUUCCGUUCAUGCCUCUCUCUGAGUGUUCGGGGCGUCGCCGGUACUUCCUGUAGUCGUCCGGUGUUUUGAUUAAAAGUUUUUUUUUUGUGUGUGUCGACAGCUGAGCUUCAGUCUGACUGUCAGGCCGCUGCCACGCUUGCUGUUCAGCUUUGUAUUUAAUUUGUCAUGAUGUCGAAUUGUCAAUAAAAACCAAAACAAAAGUAGA